GGCGGGGCCUGAGGGGGGGCGGGCUCCGCCAUGUUGUCUUCCCGCUGCGCGUCUUCCUGCCCUGCGGCCGCCUCGCGGGGCAAAUGCUCCAGGGGGAUCGUGCCCGAGCCUCAUGCCCGCGUAGCCCGGGCCGCGGCGUUGCUAGGGGAGCUGCGGGGGGCGGGGCCUGAGGGGGGGCGGGCUCCGCCAUGUUGUCUUCCCGCUGCGCGUCUUCCUGCCCUGCGGCCGCCUCGCGGGGCAAAUGCUCCAGGGGGAUCGUGCCCGAGCCUCUGUACGAGGCUGCACUGUCACAGCCGCCUCAGGCAUUACAAAAAGAGCGGAAGGCAUGAUCCUUAAAGGAGAUCUUCCUCGACCAAAGCCUGACCUUACCUCCAGCAUUUCUGCUAUUUUGUCCUACUACACAGUAGUGGAAGCAUAUGAUAUGAGGCACCUCAUUACAGAAAUCAACAAUUCAUUAACUUGAAGCAGAAGAAAAUAUAUAGUAAUCCUUUUAUAUCAAACAAUCAUUGAAGAUUAUCUAGUCCAAGGACUAUCAUAUUUGCUUCAUGUUUGCUGAAGGCUGCUGAAGAUCUUUUAGGUGUUUCAGUCUGUGGAAAAGGCAGGAGUGCAGCUCUUUGCCUGAGUUUUGUCUUCAUUACACCUUCAUUACUCCCUUUUACAGAAUCAGAAUGAUGAAGAGGAACCAGCAGAAAAUCCAUGUUCAGGCUGACUGGCUUUUAAGGACAACAUACUUCCUUCAGUACAAUUCUUCCAGCAAAACCUAUGUGUGACAUCUCCGAAUUCUGUAUAUUUCUGUCAGGAGAAGAACAAUCAAACUCCUCCCUCUUGAUCCCUCCCCCAGGCAUUCCAAUACAAAAGAAAACUUUCCGAGUGGGAGCUAGAUAGGUAAAAAGGAUGUUCUUUAGAACAUAAUGAAGAUUGGAAAAAUAUAUAGAGUGGUCAAAACAAGCUUUUUGAAAAUACUGAGGAUCAAUAUUGAAAAACGAACAGGGCUCUGGCUAGAACACAAAUUUUAAUAAUUCCAGUCCUGUGGUAGUGGCUCUCAGGAGAAGAGACCUGUAAUUACAAGGCAACAUUGACUGCUCCAGCUCACUAAACUGAAGUAGCACAGCCGGACUUAGGGCAAUCAAAAAUACUGAGUGUUUUAAAGACCAGGUGGUGAGUAGUAGUGUUUUGCAGAUGGGGGUAUUUGGAUUUGACAUUAGUCACAAAGGGUGACUCAUCCUCUAAUGGGUCAAUCUUCUUCACUUUUUUGGGGGUGAAAAUUGCAGCCAUAGAAAUCGUUAUCAUUGCCAAGUAAUGUGGAUAAUUUGGACCAGAAGUAAUUAGUAACUGAAUACUGACAAUGAUUUGCCUUAAGUCACUUGCAGGGUUUCAGUGCUUGUCAUUGCCUUGCCACCCUACCCCACUCUGUGGUUUCAGCUCAAGGAGAAUAAUUGAAAAUAAAUUGUUGAAGGUACCCUGCUGACUCCACAAAUCAAUGCAAAAUUUGUGAAUAUAUGAGAAGGUGAAGCUGUCUCAUCUACCUUUUGCCAGAACUCUGUUUUCAAUGACACCCACACCUGUCGGCAUGAAUAAACACGUCAAAGACCUGAUUAAAAUCAGGGUAGUUAAUAGUAAUGCAAUUUAUUUCCUCUAAUGUGUGGAAAAGAAGAGUUAUCAAGCAAAUUAAAAUAACCAAGACUUCCAGAAACACAAGACACUCUACUGCAGACCCACAAAGCACUAAGUCACUUGUGAAAUUCUAGGAGAGACUCAUCUUCCUAUUGACAUGCAUUUGUAGGGGGGUAAUGCCAGACCAACUUGGUCGUUGGAUUUGCUGUAGUCUUUUUGUGGUGUCGCUACAUUAUUUGUUCUCUGCACAACAGUCAGUGGGUAGGGAACUUUGAGUGCUGAUCAGUGGUUGAAUCGUCUCCUAGUGUGAAGUUGUUUUGAGGAAAUGCAGGUUCCUGGCUUUCCUAAGCACACAGGGAAGGGUAGAUCUCAGGCAGAAUUAAGCAUAGCAGCUAUCUCAGUUCUGCACCUGGUGUCAUUUUAUUUUUUUGAGAAACUGUGUACUAAAUGACUCUUAAUCAAGCCUUGAUGUAAAAGGAUGCAGAACUUGAUAUUUCACUGACACUUUGCUGACGAGGAACACACUAUGCUUCCUAGUGUGAUACAUCUUAGCUUUCGUACGCUCGUGAUAAGUCAUGUCAAGUUAAAUGAAUUUCAAUGAAUCUUCAAGAAAUCUAAGGGCACGUUUGAAGCUCAGAUUUUUUUCCUCCAAUAUACAUCUAGUUCUCUUUAACCUUACAAAUUUAUAGGUGUUUGUGAUGCAGUUUAUUUUUAAUGUUAAUGAAUAAAAAAGAAUACAAAUACUUUUUAAUCAAACCAGAUGUGGUACAGCCUCAAUUGUGGGCACAUUCUCAGUCUGCUACUCAGCAAAGUUAUAAGAAAGCCUCUUGAGCAGAGUAUUUUUCAGCCCUGAGUGUGAAUGGCAAAGGGAAAGGGUUAAGAGUGUGGUUUGAAAACAGCAAGAGCAAAGCACACAUGUGACCAACAAAACAGUAGAAUCUGAGGAGAGCGAAGCUCAAGGCUAGUGAAGGAAAGACCUGGCAUUCAUUGUAUGGUUUUUACUUUGGGCCAUGAAUAUCUCCUUGGCAGUAUUCAAAACUACUGGACAAGGCCCUGAGCAACCUGACCUAACUUCAAAGUUGGCCUUGCUUUGAGCAAGGGGUUGGACCAGAUGGCCUUUCAGAGUCCCUUGCAAUUAAACUAUUCUGCGAUCCUAGGUAAGAAAGAGGAAUGGUAGAUAUGGAAUUAACUUUUGCUUGCAGAAAGAAUGGUAACUAAGCUGCAAGACUGCUAAUACGGUAAGUUGCUUCAGAGAGAAACUAUUGGGUGAUUGUCAGGGUUCUGAUACAGAUGUAUUUUCCUAGUGGAAGGAAGAAGGAAAAAAGUCUCUGUUUGGCAACCUGGCUUGUACAAGACGAAUCCAGAAUCAAUCGUAGUUAAUCUUUGAGUGUUGUUUUAGAUUACCCUUUCUCCUAAAUAAAGGGGGUUCUAGCUGGUUUUACUUUAUUUUUUUUAUAGGGUUCAACAGAAAGCAGAAAUAAUUCAUCUAAUAAGUAUUAGUCUUUGUCAUGUAUUAUUUCUGUUACCUUUUACUUAAUGAUAACUUUCUCUUGUAAGUUACUUCUAGCACUGGAAUUAAAUGUAUAGAUGGAAAAAUGGAUCCCUUACUUUGGCCCUCAGAAACUAACAGCUUUCGACGUUUCACUUCUGAGUCCCUGGCAGCAAUUGAGAAAAGAAUUGCUGAGAGAAAAAACAGGCAAAAUGAAGAUAAGGAGGAGAGUCAACAAGUUGAAGAGGAAAAACUUAACCCCCAGCUGGAUCUGAAAACAUGCAAAAAACUGCCAUCUCUCUAUGGGGAUCUUCCUGAGGAGCUCAUUGGGGAACCCCUGGAAGAUUUUGAUCCAUACUACAGCGACCACAAGACUUUCAUGGUGCUAAAUAAAAGGAGGACUAUUUUCCGGUUUACUGCUAUGCCUGCUUUGUUUAUACUUGGUCCUUUUAAUCAAGUGAGAAAAGCAGCAAUUAAAAUUUUGAUCCAUUCAUUCUUUGUUGGGUUUAUUACAUGUACUGUGGUACUCAAUUGUGCUUCUAUGACUGCAUCUACCCUUCCAGGGGGGCUCAACUGGACUGAACAUCUUUUUACUGGCAUUUAUACUGGUGAAAUACUGAUAAAAGUAUUAGCCAGAGGAUUUGUUUGGGAUGAAUUUACAUUUCUUCGAGAUCCAUGGAACUGCUUGGAUUUUGUUGUCAUUAUUGUGACGUAUAUUAGUAUCUCUACACCACUGGGCAAUGUUUCAGCUCUUCGGACUUUCAGAGUACUGAGGACGUUGAAAGCCAUUUCAGUAAUACCAGGUCUGAAGAUCAUCGUAAAUUCACUUGUUGAAUCUGUUAAGAAACUUACCGAUGUGUUGAUCUUGACUGUUUUUUGCUUGAGUAUAUUUGCUCUAAUAGGCCUUCAGCUUUUUAUGGGCAAUUUAAAAUACAAAUGUGUCCUGAAUAACGUUACAUAUAAUGACACACUCUGUGUGGAUGCUAAGAUAUAUGUCCCAAGUAAUGAAGGUAAAUUUUAUUUUCUCCCUUUAAAUUAUAUCUGCUACAGAAUGAAUGCAUCUUCUGACAUACUGCUCUGUUCAAAUCGUAGCGAAGAGUGCCCGGAAAACUAUAGCUGCCGGAUGAUUGGGAACAAUCCUGACUUUGGGUACACAAGUUUUGAUCAUUUUGGCUGGGCCUUUCUUUCCUUAUUCCGUCUGAUGACACAAGAUUACUGGGAGCGUCUGUACAGACAAACUAUCCGUACAUCUGGAAAGAACUCCGUUUUAUUUUUUCUGGGGGCCAUCUUUUUAUGCUCAUUUUAUCUCUUCAAUCUGAUCUUGGCUGUAGUAACUAUGGCAUAUGAAGAGCAAAACAGAGCCACUCUUGCUGAAACAGAGGCAAAGGAAAAAUUACUUCAGGAUGCCCAACAAAUUCUAGAGAAAGAAAAGAUGAUGGCUGGUGGAGGAAGUGAUAAGACCUUGCAUCUCAGAUCUGAAAUGUCAGUUGCGGACUUGGAAAUUUUAAAAAGAAAAGAGAAUAAGGAAGAAAAGCCUAUUUUAGAACAAAGCCUAAUUUUAAGUGAUCAAGGGAAAGAGGAACAUAUAUUUCACUCACAGCCCGAUCAUUGCCAAAAAAAGCUUAGGCAAAUAUUACUAUCCUAUGAAUUGUCAGUGGACUCUAUUAAUGAUCCCUUUCGAAGACAGAGGUUAAUGAGUGCAGCCACUGUUAUUACAGAUAAUUUGGAAUUACAGGAGUCCAAACUGAAAUGCCCUUCAUUUUUGAAACGUUUCGCUCAAAGGUACCUAAUUUGGGAUUGUUGCCCAUUCUGGCUAGCAGUCAAAGAGAAGGUGAAAUUGAUAAUAUUGGAUCCAUUUGUUGAUCUCUUAAUCAUGAUUUGCAUCAUGGUGAAUACUUUAUUCCUGGCUCUGGAGUACCCUGGGAUGACAGAACCUUAUGAGAAUAUGAUUUAUAUAAGUGACAAGGUCUUCACUGUCAUUUUUGCAGCAGAAAUGGUCUUGAAAAUCAUCGCUCUAGAUCCCUACCACUAUUUUCAGCAAAAAUGGAAUAUUUUUGAUAGUGUAACUGUUAUGAUUGGCCUAAUAAGCUUUGAAUCAAAUUUGUCAUUUUUCAGGCUGGUCAGAAUCUUCAAAUUGGCAAAGUCCUGGCCAGCCUUAAAUACUCUGAUGAAAAUAAUUUUGAAUUCAGUUGCUGCUCUGGGUAACCUCACUCUGGUUUUGGUUAUCACUAUAUUUAUUUUUGCUGUAGUAGGAAAGCAGGUUUUAGGCAAAUGCUAUGAGGAAAACUACCACAAAAUAAGCGUUGACAGGAAUUUACGCUGGCAUAUGAAGGAUUUUUUUCAUUCAUUUCUGAUUAUAUUCCGAAUUUUAUGUGGAGAAUGGAUUGAAAUGAUGUGGGAAUGUAUGCGAGUGGCUGAACAAGGGCUGUGUCUUCCCAUUUUCUUGCUAGUCCUGGUGAUAGGAAACCUAGUGGUGCUCAACCUAUUCAUCGCAUUGCUGCUGAGUUCAUUCAGUAUUGACUCUUCAAUGGGACAAGAGGAAACUGGAAAAAAGACCAAAUGUCAGAUUGCCAUUUCUCGGAUUCACAAGGGCCUGCAGUCUCAGAAACAGAGAAUUUUGGAUCAUUGUGGCAAAAUAAUGAAACGAAGUCUCAAAACAAGAACCAAAACGACUGUGGUGAAAACUUCUGCCAAAGACUUAGACAAAAAUAACUGUGCCAUGGCAGCUAUCAGAAAGGAUGUAGAAAACUAUUGCUUUGACAUUGGGUUUUGCAAUGAUGAAGAGAGUUCCUCAGUGACAAAGAAAUAUGAAGAAUUUUUAAUGAAUGAUAGUAUCUCUGUUCCCAUUGCAGUACCAGAGACUUACAGUGAUGAAGGUGGUAAUGAGCAGAGUAUAUGCACAACAGUGGAAUACAAAAAAAGGAAACUUGACAUUGGUAGUUAUUCUGAAGCCAGCACUGUGGAUCCAGUUAUUCCUAUGGAUAUGUUUUACCAGGCUAAAAAGCCACAGAUACCUAAGGACUGUCUUGGAGAAAGUUGUGUCAAAUGUUUUCCGUGUUGUAUAGUGGAUAUCACUAAGUUUCCAGGAAGCACUUGGUGGAAAUUUAGAAAAACCUGCUACAGAAUUGUUAAACAUAGCUGGUUUGAAAAUUUUAUCAUUUUCGUGAUAGUAUUGAGCAGUGCAGCACUGGCAUUUGAAGAUAUUUACCUUGAGAAAAGAAAAACAAUUAAAAUGGUCCUAGAAUAUGCUGAUAAAAUAUUUACUUACAUCUUUUUUAUGGAGAUGCUUAUGAAAUGGGUGGCUUAUGGCUUCCAAACUUAUUUCACAAAUGCUUGGUGUUGGCUUGACUUCAUCAUUGUAUGUGUAAGUAUUAUAUUGAACUUGCCUUAUGUCCUGAUUUGUUCCCGUGGCAGUGCCUUGAAAUCUCUUCGAACGCUCAGAGCCUUGAGGCCUCUACGAGCUUUAUCUAGAUUUGAAGGGAUAAGGGUUGUUGUGAAUGCACUCUUGGGAGCUAUCCCGUCAAUCUUGAACGUUUUGCUUGUCUGUAUUGUCUUCUGGCUCCUAUUUAACAUCAUAGGAGUACAACUACUUGGAAAGAAAUUUUGGAAAUGCACACUCAAAGCUGGAAAUAUCAGUCUAAUUAAUAACAAAAAUGAUUGUCAAACCUAUAAUGGAAGCUGGGACAAUGCUCUUGUAAACUUUGACCAUGUUGGCAUGGGAUACUUGGCUCUUCUUGAAGUGGCAACCUUUAAAGGUUGGAUGGACAUUAUGUAUGCAGCAGUGGAUUCGCGUAAGAAAGAUGAACAGCCAAUGUUUGAAUGCUUCUUAAUCAUGUAUAUUUAUUUUGUGAUUUUCAUUAUCUUUGGAUCUUUCUUCAUGUUGAACCUUUUCAUUGGAGUGGUUAUCAGCAAUUUUAACCAACAAAGGAAAAAGAUAAGUGCUACUUCUAAUCUUAGAAGUAGCAUUAAUCAGUUCUUAUCUCUCUUUCAACAGAAUGUGUUCCAAGGAUUUCUUUUUGAUAUUGUAUCACACAAAGCAUUUGACAUUACUGUUGUGAUUCUCAUCUGUCUAAAUAUGGUUGUUUUGAUGGUAGAAAAUGAGAAUGUAAACAUCAGGAAAGUUCUUGCUAAUAUCAACCGCUUUUUUGUGGCCGUAUUUACUGGGGAAUGUAUCAUAAAAAUACUGGCCCUGAGAUAUUACUUCUUCACCAGUGGCUGGAACAUAUUUGACCUAGCUGUCGUGAUCCUUUCACUAAUUAGUAUUGGACUCUCUGAAGUCUUAAACUAUUUAUUUUCUCCUACACUUCUGAGAAUUUUUCGUUUGGUGCGAAUUGGCCGAAUCCUGAGAUUAAUUCGAAAAGCUAGAGGAAUUAGAACUCUCCUUUUUGCAUUACUGAUGUCCCUUCCUGCUCUGUUCAACAUUGGUCUUCUGCUUUUUCUGGUUAUGUUCAUUUAUGCUGUUGUGGGCAUGACAAACUUUGCCUGUGUUGGCUGGAAAGGUGGGAUUGAUAACCUUUUCAACUUUCAAACUUUUGUUAGUAGCAUGCUCUGUCUCUUCCAAAUUACAACAUCAGCUGGCUGGGAUGGUCUUUUGAGCCCUAUGUUAAACGGUCCUGAUUCAUGUGCUCCCAACUUAAAUUUGACAAAUAGAAAAGAUAUUAGUUGUAUAAAUCAGCCAGUUGCCAUUGUAUUUUUUGUAAGCUAUAUCAUUAUUUCAUUUCUCAUUGUUGUAAAUAUGUACAUAGCUGUCAUUUUAGAGAAUUUCAGUGUUGCCACUGAAGAAAGCACAGGUCCUCUCUGUGAGGAUGACUUCGAUAUGUUUUAUGAAAUCUGGGGAAAUUUUGAUCCUCAGGCAACACAGUUUAUUGAAUAUUCUGCUCUUUCAGACUUUGCGGAUGCUCUGGCAGAACCCUUACGCAUUCCAAAGCCAAAUACGAUUCAGCUCAUAUCAAUGGACCUCCCUAUAGUUAGUGGAGAUAAGAUCCACUGCUUGGAUAUCUUGCUUGCUUUCACUAAAAGGGUGUUAGGAGAAUCUGAGAAUUUGGAUGGUCUUGAAUUACACAUGGAGGAAAAAUUUAUGGCUGCCAAUCCAUCUAAAGUUUCCUACAAGCCAAUCACUACUACCCUUAGAAGAAAACAAGAGGAGGUAUCGGCCCUUAUUAUUCAGAGGGCCUUCAGGAGAUAUUUGAUGCAGCGUUCUUUGAAACAUGCAUCUUUCUUAUACCGCCUUAAACAUUAUAACAGUGCUGUCUUUGGGGAAGCAAUACAUGAGAAGGAAGCAUUAAUGCUUAAGGAAAAUUAUGGUAGGAAGCUAGAUAAAUCACAGACUACAUCUUCCAUAUCUCUCCCUUUAUUUUAUGAUGGUAUUGCUGAAGGAGGUAGUGAUAAGGUGGAGACAUAAGAUUGCCCCUGCCUGCAGCAUUUUUGAUUAAACUAAUAUCAGUUAUUUUCAGUUUGAGAAAAUCUUUUGAUCCCAGAACAUAAUAUUCUAAAUUUACAAUAAUUAUGGUAGCCUUUAAGUAUUGUGAUUGCUCAGUUUUGCAAAUGAUCCUCAAAACAAGUAAGAUUUGAACAACUAUGUCAUAAACAUUAGAGGAAAAUCAAACCAUGGAAUUUUUUUCCUCAGCUACUGGAGCUGGUGAGUUAAUUUUUACACUUGCUAUUUUUUGUAUUACUUAAUAUUUGUGUGUUUAUAGAAAAAUCUCUGCAAGAUCAGUUAUAACUGUAAUAUGAUUAAUAAGCGCACAACGCUGUAGAACAGUUUAUAUCUCUUUAGAGAUAAAGCCUGGCUUGUACAAAUUAAUUGAAAGUUUUAAUGUAGCAUACUUAUUUAUAGCAGUAUAUUGCCUUAUGUUUGAUUUGAAAAAUAAUUGGUUAUUGUAGCAAAAUGAAAUCAUUACUGCAAUUGCUGUAAAGGAAAUUACUCAAGACAACAGUUAAAUGUAAUUAGACCCUAAUUUUUAGGUUGUCUUCCUCCUAGAUCCUUUGGCAGGAUUUGCUCAUGCUUAGGAAUUUUUGAGCUUUUACUUAUGCACCUAAAUGGAUUUAGCAAAUCAUCCUUAGAUAUCUAUGCUUGAAAUUUGUGUGUAACUUGUUCUCUGUAUCAUUCAGUGUAUGAAAGCCAUGAUGAUAAUAGUUACUAAAAUCAAAGGAAAUUGUGCAGGAGAUGUUGUUUCCAGAAAAUCUUGGAAAUCAAUGUACAUAAAAUUUCAUCAUUUAACUUCAUCCAAAUGUCAUAGAAGUUAUUACUUGGUAAUGUGAAAAAGACUUCAUGGUAUAUCUUAAGAGAAAACAUUUAUUAAAGUUAGAGGAAGUAUUUCUUUUUCUCUAGAGGGGCUCUGAAAAAACAUUUAGAUAUGAACAGUGUGUAUUAAUGCUUCUUUUACUGUUUUUUUACUGUACAAUUUUAAUCAGGUGAAGUGAUAUGGUGGCAUCCAAACUAUUAGUGAAAUAAGACUGCUUUAGAUUCUGUAAUAAAGAAAUCA